UACGAUCACUCAAAAUGUCCACAAAGAGAACAUGGAAAACAAGUAACCAACACCUAAUAUCGUCUUGUCAACUGUUCUCCAAGGACCUCCUUAUUUGGCAACAGCUGGUCUCCCAGCCAUGAGCACCAGGGAUCAGUAUUAUACCAUCACUCACAACGUCCAUGGGGAGAUGAUUAAAAGUGCUGAAGCGGAACCCAAUAAUGUCUUCUCAACUAUUCCCCCAGCACUUAUUAAUAUGGGAGCAACUGGUUUUUCAUCCAUGAGUACCAGGGAUCAGUAUGCUGCAGUCACGCACAGCGUCCGUGAAGAGAAGAGAAGUAACAGCCAACCGGUACCUGAUAACGUCUUGUCAACUGCUCCACCAGGGCUUGGUAAUAUGGCAGCAGCUGGAAUUUCAUCCAGGAGGACCAGAGAUCUGUAUGCUGCAGUCACUCACAAUGUCCAUGGAGAGAAGAUGAACAAUGGUCAAAGAGCACCUGAGAACUUCUUGUCAUCCAUUACACCAGGGCUUAUUAAUGUAUCAGGAGCUGGUACUCCACCCAUGAGUACCAGGGCUCAGUAUGCUUCCAUCACUCACAAUGUCCAUGAAGAGAAGAUAAAAAACGGCCAACCAGCAACUCAAAACUUCUUGUCAACUCUUCCAUCAGGACUUCCUAAUAUGACAGGGGCUAGCAUCCUAGCCAUGAGUACCAGGGAUCUGUAUGCCACCAUCUCUCACAAUGUCCAUGAGAAGAAGACGAAUAAUGGCCAACAAGCACCUGAUAACUCCUCAUCAGCGGUUCCACCAGGGCGUAGUAAUCUGUCAGGAGCUGGUGCCUCAUCCAGGAGUAGCAGGGAUCUGUGUGAUUCACCAGUCACAGCAAGGUCUCCGGUGGAAACUGUGCCAAAUACAGCACGAAUAUCUCCUGCUAUGGCAAAGAAAGUUAAUGAUGAUAUAAAACAUCAAUUGAUGAAAGAAGUUCGAAGGUGUGGGCGAAAUUAUGAAAGAAUUUUCAUUUUGCUUGAUGAAGUACAAGGAUCUAUGGAAGUCAAGAAACAACUUGUUAAAUUUGCCAUUAAGGAAGCAGCAAGGCUUAAAAAUUUUGCCUUAAUUCAGCAACUCAAGAAGGUGCUAAAAGUAGAUUCCCACUGCCAUCUCAGCAAAGUUAAGCACAUGAGAAAAAAUAAUUGUGUUAAUGCAAAUACCAAGGAGAAACAAGGACAUGUGCUGUAAAGUGGAGUAGGUCAUUGCUGAAGCUUCCUGUAAUUUUGAAGUGAAGAAAAUUCCCUUCCUGAAGCUAAGAAAAGAUGGAGCUUUUGAAAUUUAA